AUGCUUCGAGCUCAUCGCAGUUGGUACCGGAAAUUUGUUGAGCUCAACCUGUGGGCGACACUCUACAGCUCCUGGCUGCUGGGUCUAUUUCCGUUCGUCUACAUCUCAAGGACGAGGCGCAUAAAACGCUCCGGCUGGCUAGUUGGCUAUGGCAUCGCCUUCAAUGUGCUGCUCCUUUGGCUGGCAACACACUACUAUGAAGCGACACAGUCACAGGCCAAACAAGAGCUCUUCACGCGUAAUCCAUUGGCCGAAGAAAUCAAUGUGCUCCAUAAUGGACUGCUGCUGUUGACCGUCUUUGUGAUGUACUUUCGCAACUGGUGGAUGAGUAACGAACUGGGCCAAAUACUCAACGUGCUGCUUGAGAUGCAUGAUCAUCAUUUUCGACGCUACGACACGAGUGAUUGCUACAACUUCGAUAACUAUAUUGUGUACAAGGGAGCUUGCACUAUGCUGGAACUCAUUUCGAUUAUUUGGAUUAUAUUUGGUCUAAGUCCCAGGUAUAACAUUGGCUUACUUGUUGGUGUGCUGAGCAUAAUGGUCAUUCAACUGGGCGUGUAUAUGGUCACAACACACUUCCACAUCUGCGUCAUGUUUGUGUAUCGCUCCAUUUGGAUAAUCAAUCGCGAGCUGCUGCAACUAGUGAAUUGCUUAGAAAGACGACAAGUUAGGAAAUCCUCAAGGAUCCAUAAGCUAUUCGAUCUGUAUAGGCGGCUGUUGGAACUUAAUCGGCGAAUAGUUGGCGUCUAUGAUUAUCAAAUAACGCUGUUCAUUGUCUCCCUGCUGACAGUCAACGUUAUCUCCAUUUUCUACAUACUUGUAUAUGUUGUUAGCUUGAGAAAAGCGGUUACCUUCUACAUGUUCUUAAACUUUCUGCAAGCAUUGUCGAUAAAUAUCUCGGACUUUUGGCUAAACAUUGCCGUCUGUGACUUGGCAGUUUCCGCGAAUCGCUCAACAGCUGCGAUAUUGAAGCUAUUCAAUGAUAUACCUCAACUGGACAAGCAGCUGGAGCGAAAUCUGAAUGAUUUCGCUUUGUUCUCCAGUCACAGACGGCUGACAUUCAAUCAUUUUGGCAUGUUUGAUGUGCACAAUGCAAUGGGAUUUCGCAUGGUCAUCGCUUGUACAUUGUAUAUGCUUUAUUUGGUGCAGUUUGAUUAUGUGAAUUUGAUGAGAACAUCAACAUAA